AUGUAUACAUACAAAAGUCAUCAUGAAUCAUCAACGCGUGCAUUCGAUCACUUGUAUGAUCCAAAUUUCAUCAGUAAUAAAGUGAAAAUUCAUCAUAUGAACUGCAAAUCAAUUUCUGAUACAGCACCGAUGCAUAUUAUUCCAUCUUUCUACAGCAUGUUCUCGGAAAUACGAAGAAACAAAUUUUAUUUUGCCCAACGCAAUGGAUUACCUUAUGAUUCCAAUGAUUGCUGUCCUAAAAUUGUCAAUAAAAAGUCUGUAAAUUACAAUUCAUACUCGAUACCAUCAAACGUUCAGCAUGAAGAGAAUUUUUAUCGUUUUGAGCCUAAAAAUGUGUUUGAACAAAUAACUAUGAAGAAUAAAGUAUCUCAAACGAUGUAUCGAGAAGUUGAAAUGCAAACGGAAGCUUAUUUACCCCAACCAAAAUUAAGAAUUGGUGAAACAAAACUUCCAGAAAUUCUGUAUGUUAAAUGCGACGAGAAACCAGAUCUAGAAGACAUUAAAAAGAUAGAAAGGGAUGUCAUUAGAAGAAAAUGGGAAGAUGAUUUGAGGCAAUUGCCAAUGAGUCUUGGAAAUAAAGUAAAGCAGAUGGAGGUUUUUGAAAUGCAAGAUCAAUUACUGCGUGAAAAAGAGCUGAAUGAGAUCCAGGAAAAAAGAAUGGAUUACGUUCUUAGUACAAUAAAUGAUAGAGAAGAAGCCACGAAACUAAAAUGCAGAGAAAAGCUCCUUACUGUCUAUAAAACAGCUUCAGAAAUUAACAUUAAGGAACGUGCAAAAUUUGAGGUUAAAAAUGAACGGAAAUUGAGGCAGCUCUCAAAGAUCAAUAGCCAAACCAAGUAUUAUAAACCAAAUAUGCUAAAAACAUCAAAAUCAAUUGACUUUGGACGAUUUAAUCUUUAUGACUGCUCCAAUUAUUCCAAAAUCGACUAUAACUCAAAUAGAAAUAGGGAUGCACUUUGGAUACCCAAACAAAAAGUGAAGGUUGUCAGGCAUUGCAUGAAUAAGGAAGAAACAAGGAAUAAUCUCUAUAAUGAAAUAAAGAAGCACAAUAAAGAAUUUGAUAAAAAUGUUGAGUACCAAUUCCGUCGUCCAAAAUGUCAGGAAAUUAAUCCAGUUGACGUGGUUUAUGAAUGUGGUGGGGAUCAGGUGGAUAUACCACUAGAUGUUAUUCUAAUCCAGAAGACAAUUAAAGGAAUAGACGCUCAAAAAUCAUUGAAAUCAGGAAAGAAAGAUAAAAUGACAGAUAUUCAUAGCUUCCGAAAGUUAUAUCCACUAAGAUGUGUCAUAGAAGUAUUCGAUGGAGAGAAUUUCAUACCAUUUGAGAACAAAUCGCAAUCUCAAAGUGAUUCAUGCUGCAGUAAGGAUAUAAUCAUAAAUGAUAUCAAAGAAAUAAAUGUCCUAGAAGACGAAGAAUCAUCGAAAGAUUCAAAAAUGAAUGACGAACUUAAAAGUGCAGUCACUGAAGUGCUACAACAAGCUCUGCUUAUAGCACAAGAUACAAUCAAUCGUAAGAUUCUCAGAGAAGCCAAUGAGCAAAGAUUGAGACGAGAGGAAUUGGCACAAAUUGAAGCUUUAAAGCAGAAACUCAUUAAAAUGCGACAAGAACUGACUGAACGAAAAACUGACAAAUUUUUUAAAGAUUUAACAGCUGAAGUUAUUGAAAUGGUCAUUCCAUUAGUUAUUGAGGAUAUAUCCGAAAAAGAGGCACUAGAGUUUAUAAUGAAGAAAGCCACUGAAGUUAGUGCUGAUACAUUUAAUAGAAAUAUCACGAACAAGGCAAAAAUCAAGAAGUUCAUAAAGGAGAUCUUAAUACCCCAUAUUGAAGCAAAGUCAGAUCGAAGUGAUGAGCAUUUAAUAGCUUUGUUUGGCAGUUAUGAUGCGUUUAAUUGUUUCAUUGACAAAUGUUUUUCAACAGAUCAAUAAAUAAUUCAUUAAACUUGUUGUAAAUUAAAACGUAAGCAGUUAACGAUCUGAUAAGGAAUAAAAUCUGUAGUGGGAAAUAUCAGACAAUCAGGCUAGAAUUCUGGUAUUCAUAUUUAGUAAACUCAGCGAAAUGUUUUAAAAAUUGUUUAC